UCCGUCGCUGCUCGGCGCGUCGCUGCGGUCCCCCCUGCCGCCUCAGGGAGCCGCGAGCUCCUCUCCCGCCUGCUGCCGCCUUCCUGCGUGUUGAAAAAUCUUGUCCUGUCUACACUAGCAGCUAACUGAUCUGCACCCAUUGUUGACAGCCACCAUCAUCAACAGGUCAUUUUCCCUCUGCGAGCCUGGCUUUUGGUUAUGUAUCGUAAAUCCAAGUGGAAGUGCGGUUACGAUCUUGCGGUUCUUGGACACGGAAAUAAUGAAAAAAGUGUGCCACAACUCUUGAUCAGUGACCUGAAGUUUGAGAAGAAGUCACUAGCUAAGCUCAUGUUUUCUCCUGAUCAAGAAAAUCAUCCAUCAAAAGCACCGGUGAAGUAUGGUGAAUUGAUCGUUUUGGGGUACAAUGGGUCACUCCCAAAUGGAGAUAGAGGAAGAAGAAAAAGUAGAUUUGCUUUAUUUAAAAGGCCCAAAGCAAACGGGGUGAAACCUAGCACUGUGCAUAUUGCCUGUACCCCUCAAGCAGCAAAGGCAAUAAGCAAUAAGGACCAACACAGCAUAUCUUACACUUUGUCUCGGGCCCAGACAGUAGUAGUUGAAUAUACCCAUGACAGCAACACAGAUAUGUUCCAGAUUGGUAGAUCAACAGAGAGCCCUAUAGACUUUGUUGUGACAGAUACGGUUCCUGGAAGUCAGAGUAAUUCAGAUACACAGUCUGUGCAAAGCACUAUAUCAAGAUUUGCCUGCAGAAUCAUAUGUGAACGUAACCCUCCUUUUACAGCAAGAAUAUAUGCUGCAGGAUUUGACUCCUCGAAGAACAUCUUUCUUGGGGAGAAGGCUGCGAAGUGGAAGACUUCAGAUGGGCAAAUGGAUGGACUAACCACAAAUGGAGUUCUUGUUAUGCAUCCACGUAAUGGAUUUACAGAAGACUCCAAGCCAGGAGUAUGGAGAGAGAUAUCUGUGUGUGGGAAUGUGUUCAGCCUUCGUGAAACCAGAUCAGCUCAGCAGAGGGGGAAAAUGGUUGAAAAUGAGACAAACCAGCUGCAGGAUGGCUCUCUGAUCGACCUGUGUGGAGCAACGUUGCUGUGGCGCACUGCAGAAGGGCUUUCGCGCACUCCCACCGUCAAGCACCUGGAGGCGCUGAGGCAGGAGAUCAAUGCGGCGAGGCCCCAGUGUCCGGUGGGCUUUAACACCUUGGCGUUUCCCAGCAUGAAGAGAAAAGAUGUUGUAGACGAGAAGCAGCCGUGGGUGUACCUGAACUGCGGCCACGUGCACGGCUAUCACAACUGGGGAAACAAGGAGGAGAGAGACGGCAAGGAUCGGGAGUGUCCCAUGUGCCGCUCUGUGGGCCCUUACGUGCCUCUGUGGCUCGGAUGUGAAGCGGGAUUUUAUGUGGAUGCGGGACCUCCAACUCACGCGUUCAGCCCGUGCGGCCACGUGUGCUCAGAAAAGACAACUGCUUAUUGGUCCCAAAUCCCUCUUCCUCAUGGUACUCACACUUUUCAUGCAGCCUGUCCCUUCUGUGCGCAUCAGCUGGCUGGUGAGCAAGGUUACAUCAGACUCAUUUUCCAAGGACCUCUUGACUAACACACGUAUAUCCGAGGACUGCAGUAAACUGAUAAGCUAAGCGAUUCUGAUUUUUAAAUCAACCGUUUUUCGUAUUCUCUGGGCUUUGCUGGUUUGCAUUAAGAUGAAGAAUUUUUUUUUUUUUUUUUCUGUUAUGACAGCUAAAUCCCUCUCUAUUGAGAAAGGUCUGCAAAUGGAAGAAACAGGGGUAAGAGAGAAGUCCUGCUUGUUUAGUUAACUGCUUCCUGAGGAGGUGAAGGAAGUAUUGCGGAGUGAAUUGAAAUGCCUUUCGUUUAUUGGUUUUGAAUCAAAUGCCCCCACAGUAUUUGAAAUUUGUUUCCAUUCUUUUUGUAUAUGGAGGGUAAAUAGUUCAAAGAGCAGUAGUUUACAGCCUGGAUGCAAACAUUGUAAAAUAUAACGUGUAUAUUAACUCUUUUCUAUUUAUCUUUAUUAUUGAAAAUGCAUAGAAUGUGUAGAGUAGCGUGGUCAUAGUGAGUUACAUCCAGCAAUUGGAUGUGUAGAAUAGUUCUGGAUGGAGAAGGAGGUGAGAUGGAAAUGGUAGAAAAAUCUUUUUUAAUCUGCAGUACUGGGUUCUUAGAAUAGUUAAAAUACUUUUCGAACAAAGCUAAUGCAAUUUAUGAUGGCGUCAAGAUGUGCUUUAACCACGUGAAAGGUAGCUAAGAAGGACUUCUUUAAAGCGUCUUUUUGGUAGGACUGUACUUAAGAUCUGGUUAUGAGAAAGAUAUUUACCAGACUCUUUGAAUAUGCAACUUAGUCUAGAUUAAGGAUUUUUCCUCCCUUCAUGCUAACAUGUCUUUAUUUAGCAUUAGUGACAUUUCUGAGGGGUUUUUCCAAUGUUGAACUUUAACAAACCUGAAAGAUCAGGCUCAUUUUGUUUCUUGCUGUUUGGGGAGGUGAAAAGUGCAUGUGCCCAUGCCACAUGUGAUGUGGGGAGCAGUUUGUGAGUGGGCCACAGUCUCUGCUCGAGAAAGGUUCUGUCAGUCACAUAUUCUGCCUUUUGUCUGGCUCCUUGCAGCUGUGCAUGUGGGAGCCACCGGUAUCGUGUGCUUGCCUAUAUGCUGCUCUGAGGAGCUGGGUGCAGGUACUCAUCUAGGCCACACGUGGAACAAAAGAGAAGCCUGGUACCUGCUGGAUGUGUGCUGCAUCCUGGCGUCUUCGUGCACUUGACCCAGUUGGCAAUCUGGUAGGGAAGAGCUUGCACUGGGACUGGCCUCGUAGGCUUUGCUGUGGAGAACACUGCAUAAGAUCUGUUCACACUGUGGUGGGCUCUAGGUCGUGGUCUCUGUGCUCUCCUUACCCUAACCUUCAUUUCCAUUCUGUAUUCGCCAGGAAAGGCCAGUGCACUACAUCCAGCUUUGCUGCUAACCCACCAUGUUUAAUGGCAAAUACACAAAACUGACUUUUUUUUAGGCCAACCUUUUGUUGUUUUUUUUUUCAUAUGUACUGUAUAAUUGACGGUAGCAAAUCUCCAUACUUUAUACCUUGCUUUAAUUUUCCCUUUCAAAGCUGUUCUGAACUUUUUGGUUUAAAAAGAGAUGUAUGUUGCUUAGAUGUCAUGAAAUAUUUGCUUUCGACUGUCAAUUGUUUCUUCAUUUUUUAAAAAGAAAUUAUAUAUAUUGUUUGGUUCACUCAGGAAAUGCAUGUGUCAGGAAACUUGUAUUAUAAGUUCAGUUAGUUGUCAUGUACAUGUAACUGCUGUUACUCCCUUUUCAUAGAAAUAUAACUGAUUUUGACAUUUUCCAGAUUUUAUGCAUUAAGUAAUGAAACUUAUGCAGCAAGAAACCCCCUGUAUUGUAGUUGUUCUAAUCAUCUUAUUCAAACUAUGUUAUACUGUAGUUUAAUUUUUAUUUGCAAAUUAAUUUAUUCAAACUAUGUGAGUAAACUCUUUUCAAAAAUAGA